UUCCGUGGGUAAAGAAAGAAAAAGGUAGCGGCACCUGAGCGCCGUGCAGAGAAGAGGUUAUAAAAAUCAUUGGUGACGUGCCGUAUCCGAGUAGGAUAAGCAUUUACAUCGGCAAAACAUCAUUGUUCAACAUGUUCGAAAUGGCUGGUAAAAAAGACCAGAAGGACGAAACUGCACUGAUCAAAGUCAACAAGUGGGAUGGCUCUGCAGUGAAGAAUGCUCUGGACGACGCAGUCAAGGAUAUACUGACCAGGAAGUACAAUUACGUGGAGAAUUUCUCGCUACUUGACGGUAGAUUGGCACUGUGCGGCAUCGCCGUCGGGGUUGCAAUGGUUGCUCUUCUCUGGGACUACAUGAAUCCGUUCCCAGCAUCCAAGCCUGUGCUAAUUGCCUGCGUGUCGAAGUAUUUUGUUGUUAUGGGGGUGCUGACAUUAUACACAACGUACAAGGAAAAGGGGAUAUUUGUGGUAGCAACUCAAAGAGACCCGGCUGGAUUUGAUCCAGAAUUGGUGUGGGAGGCGAGUUCAUACCUGAAAAAAUAUGAUGACAAAUACAAUUUGGUACUUUCGGUAAGGGAUGAAAAAGCCGGAACGUCCAACGAGGCUUCAGUCACGAAUUCCGUGGCCAAAUUCAUCGACAGCAACGGCGUUAUCAUUCCAGAACUGGUUGAAACCAUGGUCAGUAACUUGCAUGAUAGUCUGACUGCCAGUCGCAAGGACAAAUAAAUUUGGUGAUAAGUAAGAAAUAGAAACAGUCUGGUUCGAGUAUAAGACUUUUUUUCUACUGUCUUAAAUAUGUUUAUGUAUGUACCUAUUUAUUAAUACUGGCGGCGGAAAGAAUCUCUCUUCCUCGCGCGUUCCGUUUUCACUAUUUUAACGUAGUUAUUCCAAGUAAUUUUUUGUUGAAUAUAAUUUAAUUGAAACUUCGGUUGAAUAGAAACCAACCGUCUUUCAGUCCUCAAAAAUAAAAACGCGGAGACAAAUUGGUCUCGAGAAUGUUUCCAUAAAGACCGUGAAAACUACUCUUUGAUAAAAUCUUAAAAUUAUAGCAAAUUUUGUAAAUUAGAAUGAAUGUAAUUGAACUUGGUUA